AUGGAGAUGAAGAUAAUGGAUUUGGCUUGCUUCAGCUACUGAAAUUGAAAUGAAGCAGCUGCAUCUUUCCAGUUGCACAAUAUUUCGUACACAACAAUUUAAAAUCUCAAUCAUAUGCCGUUUAUUUCAAUCAUCACCAGAUUUCUCUUCUCAACUCAUCCAAACCUUCGCUCAAUCUCCAGCCUGGCACAGGGGAAAAAAGCUGCACGCCCACUUGAUCGUAAGCGGCUUAGCUUCUUCACCUCGUUUUGCCUCCAAGCUCAUCUCUUUCUAUGCUGAGAUUAAACAGUUAUCCGACGCUCGUAAACUGUUCGAUGAAAUUCCUAAAUCAAACAUCCACCGUUGGGUCGUGCUCAUUGGGGCCUACUCUCGUUGUGAGUUUUAUCAGGAAGCUUUAACCGUCUUUUCUGAAAUGCAGAGUGAAGGGUUAGGGGCUGAUAAAUUUGUUAUUCCGAGUGUUCUUAGAGCUUGUGGUCGUUUGUUUGAGUUGCAAAUUGGGAAGACAUUACACUCUGUGAUUUUGAAGUCGUCAUUUGAGUCUGAUGUUUUUGUCAUUAGUGCAUUAAUUGAUAUGUAUUCUAGAUGCAGGCAAGUUGAAAAGGCGCGAAAAGUGUUUGAUCAGAUGGAUGAGAAAGACUUGGUGGCAUUAAAUGCCAUGGUGUUAGGUUACGUUCAACAUGGUUUGGCUGAGGAAGGGUUUAUUUUGGUGGAGCAAAUGCAAAAGUUGGAUAUCAAGCCUGAUGUGGUAACAUGGAAUACCUUAAUCUCUGGGUUUGCACAAGCAUGUGACGAAGUUAUGGUUUCAAAGCUGUUUGAAUUAAUGCUUAUGAAUGGUGUGGAGCCUGAUGCCUUCUCUUGGACUUCAGUUAUUUCAGGGUUGGUGCAGAAUGUUCAGAUUGAGAAGGCUCUUGAUACAUUUAAACAAAUGUUGCAACAUGGGCUUUAUCCAAGUUCUGCAACCAUUAGUAGCCUCCUAUCUGCUUGUGCGACUAUGGCGAAUGUGAGGCUUGGGAGGAAGGUACAUGGGUAUGCAGUGGUGAUUGGAGUUGAAGAGGAUAUAUAUGUAAGGAGUGCUCUUGUUGACAUGUAUGCCAAAUGUGGUUUCAUAUCUGAAGCAAGGGUGGUAUUUUAUAAGAUGCCUGAAAAGAACACAGCUACUUGGAAUUCAAUGAUUUUUGCGUAUGCAAAUCACGGGUACUGCAAUGAAGCUAUUGAACUUUUUAAUCAGAUGGAGAAGGCAGAGGAGAACAAGCUUGAUCACUUGAGUUUCACUGCAGUCCUCACUGCUUGUAGCCAUGCUGGAAGGAUUGCACUUGGACACAGUUUGUUACUUUUGAUGCAAGAGAAGUACAAGAUUGUUCCAAGAUUGGAGCAUUAUGCAUGCAUGGUUGAUCUACUUGGUAGAGCUGGAAAAUUAUCCGAGGCUUAUGGUAUGAUUAAGACGAUGCCGGUCAAGCCUGAUUUGUUUGUUUGGGGAGCAUUAUUGGGGGCAUGUAGGAAUCAUGGGGAUAUAUAUCUCGCUGAGAUAGCUUCUAGACAUUUGGCUGAGCUUGAGCCUCAGAAUAAUGGAAAUAAUAUGCUUCUGUCAAAUGUAUAUGCUGAUACUCAAAAUUGGGAAAAUGUUGCAAAGUUCAAGAAGCUAAUGAAAAGGAAAAAGUUGAGAAGAUUUUCUGGUUGCAGUUGGGUAGAGGCUGCCUGAUAACUGUUGCAUUCUGAAAAGAAACUUGCUCAAUCCCAAGCCUGGAACUGAAAGAUUUCUUGGUUUGUCUGUGCAGUGUCCUGCCUCCUAGGUUUUGCUGUUUCCUUUUGAGACCUGGAAACCUUGGGAUCUUAGGUUUUAUCCAGCAGGGGGUAUUAGAUCAUAGCUUUGGGAGUUUGCAUUGCAUUCGAUGGAAAUGUAUUAUAAGGGUUAAUAACUUAGGACUUCGAUAAAUUUUCAUGAUUUCAUUGAAAUUUAAAGAAUGAGGGGCUAAUAGUGGGCAUUAUUUCUUCUAUCUGCUAGAAUUGUUGGAAUAAAAAGAUUAAACCACUCUUUAGCAGGA